GUCAGCUGGCUCCCGGCGCCGCGUCUGUUCGUCGGUCUCGCCACCCGCCCCGCACCUCGAUGUCGCCGGCCGCAGACGGCAUGGCUCCUCUCUGCUUCAACUGCUCCAUCCUCCCUGGAGACAUGUCCCUAGGGGUUGCAAGGAGCCUGGUGCCCUGCAAUGACAGUAGGGCCUCGAGGUUCCCCGACCCUGAGGACUUGAACCUCACUGAUGAAGAAUUGAGACUCAAGUACCUGGGUCCCCAGCAGACAGAGCUGUUUGUGCCCAUCUGCGCCAUGUACCUGCUGAUCUUCGUGGUGGGCGCCGUGGGCAACGGGCUGACCUGCACCGUCAUCCUGCGCCACAAGGCCAUGCGCACCCCCACCAACUACUACCUCUUCAGCCUAGCUGUGUCUGACCUGCUGGUGCUGCUUGUGGGUCUGCCCCUGGAGCUCUAUGAGAUGUGGUGCAACUACCCCUUCCUGCUGGGCACGGGGGGCUGCUACUUCCGCACGCUGCUCUUCGAGACAGUGUGCCUGGCCUCCGUGCUCAAUGUCACGGCCCUGAGUGUGGAGCGCUACGUGGCCGUGGUGCACCCCCUGCAGGCCAGGUCCAUGAUGACUCGGGUCCGCGUGCGCCGUGUACUCGGGGCCAUCUGGGGCCUCGCUGUGCUUUGUUCUCUGCCUAACGCCAGCCUGCACGGCAUCCGGCAGCUGGAAGUGCCCUGCCGGGGCACGGUGCCCCAGUCGGCUAUGUGCACCCUGGUCUACCCACGGGCCCUCUACAACCUGGUCGUGCAGAUCACCACUCUGUUCUUCUUCUGCCUGCCCAUGGCCACCAUCAGCGUGCUGUACCUGCUCAUCGGGCUUCAGCUGCGGCGUGAGAGAUUGCAGCUACUCAGGCAGGAGGCCAGGGCCACGGCCAGGCCCAGUGACAGCUGGAGGUUUCAGCGGGCGCAGGAUCGGGGCCGGACACAGGUGACCAAGAUGCUGUUUGUGCUGGUCGUGGUGUUUGGGAUCUGCUGGGCCCCUUUCCACGUUGACCGCCUCAUGUGGAGCUUUGUGUCCCAGUGGACCGAGGGCCUGGAACUGGCCUUCCAGUACGUGCAUGUUAUCUCCGGCGUCUUCUUCUACCUCAGCUCGGCCAUUAACCCUGUGCUCUACAACAUCAUGUCAAGCCGCUUCAGGGAGACUUUCCAGGAAGCCCUGUGCUUGGGGACUCAGUGCCGCUACCACAGACCCCUCCACAACUCCCACAGCCUCAGCAGGGUGACCAUGGGCAGCACCCUGUGCGACCUGGGCCCCCCCGGGCAUCAGGGUCCGCCCACUGACUGAGAAUGGUGGCUGAGAGGGGCCGCAAGAGACGGACCCCUUCUGAGGGGAGCCUGGGAGCAGCUCCACCCAGAGAGACCAGAGUGCCACAUGCAGUUUUGGGAGCCACACUCGCCCUCCUCUUCGUGGCCUGUUCCCCCUUUGUGCCCCGCCCUCACUUCAGCCAAUAAACUCGGACCGGCGCCUCAGUGACUCCUACCCCCACCCAAGUUUUUGGAAGGGAUAUAAGGUUGCUGCCUGCCCUCCAGAGCCCCAGGCCCACGGGUGAAGUCCUUCCUCUACAGAAACAAGGCAGCUGGUUAACUGGCAGAGCAAGCCUCCACCUGGGGUCUCCCCAACCCUCACCCCCAGUGUCUGAAAUGUGUUCAUGGGGCCCUACCUUUCCUUCCCAUUUCUCGUUGAGAUUCUGUAGGUUCUGACCCCUUCCGGCCCUCUCUAGCUCUUGGUCUGUACCUGGGACCCCUGCCAACCUGAUCAUCCGAGGCCCCCACCCAGUCUGGAUCUCCACCCGGUGGGGUGGCUGGGCGGCAGGGGUGCCAGGGAUCCAGGGGACCUCGUUCUGAUCUCAGCCCUUGCUGCUACUUCCUUGCCACGUGGCAUCACCUUUCCCAGCCUUGGUCCCUUGUUUGCAAAAUAAAAGAG